AAAAUAUUCGGUGGGUCUAUUUUUACAAAUUACACAAACCUCUCCAUCACAAUCGAAAGAUGAAACCGGAUCAAAUCAAAAGGGUGAAUCAGCACAUCCGAGAUUGAAACAUUUUUUCUACAUUCCAGUCGCAUCUCGCCGGAGACGGUUGCUUUUAAUCGCUUAUUCAAUCACAUCUCGCCGGAGACGGUUGCUUUUAAUCGCUUAUUCAAUCACAUCUGGACUCCGCUGCCGCUCUUCCGGGACAGAAAAUUAAUAUGCAUUGGAUGUAAUCCAAAGGCUCAAAUUAAAGCAGAAGGGUGAGCAGCAGACAAAAGGCUGCUGCAGAUGAGAUCCAGCACUCUCCCGCGCAGGCAACAGCAUUUCCAUUAUCUUGUGAUCUGAAAGCUAGAUCCGAUUGUAACAAUGGCGGGUCGAUUUUUCGGAUCUUCGGCUGCUUCGAUCGCCAUGAUCGUCACCAAUACGCCUUCCCAAGAACUCGCCCUAACCAACCUCGCCUACAUCUCCGCCUCCGAUCUUCCCAAAUUCGCCGUUCCCGGUCACAGCAACCUCUACCUCGCUUCCAUCGGCGAUGUCUUCGUUUUCUCUCUCUCAGCUCAUGAAAGCAUACGUGGUGGUCACAUUGCUUUGAAUUCCAUUCAGCGUCGAUGUGCAAAAGUUUCUGCAGCUGAAUCCGUAGAUGUGACCCGAUUCGUGCCGCCUGAAAAUUUCAACCUGGCCAUGCUUACAGUUGAAUUGGACUUCGUUAAAAGGGUUGGAAGCAGGAGUGAACAGAUUGAUGCUCUUGUACUAGCCAAGCAACUUCGGAGAAGACUUAAUAACCAGGUAAUGACAGCAGGGCAGAAAGUGUUAUUUGAGUUUCAGGGAAAUAAUUAUAGCUUUACAGUCCGGGAAGCUACGGUUGAGGGCCGGGGAAAGUCCAACUCUAUUGAAAGAGGGAUAAUUUUAGAAGACACAUUCUUUGUUUUUGAUGCGCCACGUGAUAGUGGAAUUAAGAUUAUCAAUCAGCGCGAAGGUACUACUAGCAACAUUUUUAAGCAGAAAGAAUUUAACCUUGAGUCUCUGGGUAUUGGUGGCCUGGGCGCAGAGUUUGCAGAUAUAUUUCGAAGAGCUUUUGCAUCUCGUGUUUUCCCUCCCCAUGUGACAUCUAAAUUAGGGAUCAAGCAUGUAAAAGGCAUGCUGCUUUAUGGUCCUCCUGGAACUGGAAAGACUCUUAUGGCACGUCAAAUUGGAAAAAUUUUGAACGGCAAGGAUCCAAAGAUUGUAAAUGGCCCUGAAGUGUUGAGCAAGUUUGUGGGAGAAACUGAAAAGAAUGUAAGGGACCUUUUUGCUGAUGCCGAACAGGAUCAGAGGACCCUAGGGGAUGAAAGUGAUUUGCAUGUUAUUAUAUUUGAUGAAAUCGAUGCUAUUUGUAAGUCCAGAGGCUCAACUAAAGAUGGUACAGGGGUUCAUGAUAGCAUUGUGAACCAGCUUCUUACUAAGAUAGAUGGUGUGGAAUCACUGAACAAUGUUUUGCUUAUUGGAAUGACUAACAGAAAGGACAUGCUUGAUGAAGCACUCUUAAGACCCGGGCGGUUGGAAGUCCAAGUUGAGAUAAGUCUCCCGGAUGAAAAUGGUCGAUUGCAAAUUCUUCAAAUUCAUACUAACAAGAUGAAAGAGAAUUCUUUUCUAGCUUCUGAUGUGAAUCUUCAAGAGCUUGCUGCUCGAACUAAAAACUACAGUGGUGCGGAACUUGAAGGUGUUGUGAAAAGUGCCGUUUCAUAUGCUUUAAAUAGACAAUUGAGCCUUGAAGAUCUCACUAAGCCAGUGGAGGAGGAAAACAUUAAGGUUACGAUGGCUGACUUUUUGAAUGCACUUCAUGAAGUUAUUCCUGCAUUUGGAGCUUCCACUGAUGAUCUUGAGCGAUGCAGACUCCAUGGCAUGGUGGAGUGUGGUGAUCGACAUAAGCACAUUUAUCAGAGAGCAAUGCUAGUCGCGGAGCAAGUUAAAGUGAGUAAAGGAAGCCCUCUUGUUACUUGUCUUCUGGAAGGUUAUCGGGGCAGUGGUAAAACCGCACUUGCAGCUACUAUUGGGAUCGAUAGUGACUUCGCUUAUGUCAAAAUAAUUUCAGCUGAAACAAUGAUUGGUCUACAUGAGAGCUCUAAAUGUGCCCAGAUUAUUAAGGUUUUUGAGGAUGCAUACAAGUCACCUUUGAGCGUCAUUGUUCUUGAUGACAUUGAGAGAUUAUUGGAGUAUGUUCCUAUUGGUCCUCGAUUCUCAAACCUUAUUUCUCAGACACUACUGGUUUUGCUCAAGAAACUUCCUCCAAAGGGUAAAAAACUCAUGGUAAUUGGAACAACUAGUGAAGUAGAUUUCUUGGACUCGAUUGGUUUUUGUAAUAACUUCUCGAUAACUUACAAUGUUCCUACAUUGAGCACAAAUGAUGCGAAGAAGGUCCUUGAACAGUUGAAUGUUUUUGCGGAUGACGAUAUUGAUUCUGCCGCAGAGGCAUUGGAUAAUAUGCCUAUCAAGAAGCUAUACAUGUUGAUUGAGAUGGCAGCGCAAGGUGCACAAGGUGGAUCAGCAGAAGCUAUCUAUGCCGGCAAAGAGAAAAUUAAUAUAUCUCAUUUCUUCGAUUGCCUUGGAGAUGUUGUCAGAUUAAUAUAAUUGUGUGUCAUCAAGUGCUUUUACAGUAGAGUGAGUGCAUUGUAUCAUCAUUGUUUUAGAUAAUUGAAUAUCAUUUUUUUUGUAUAUAUAAAAUUAUCACGUUGCAUAAUACUUCUGUUCAGUUUUGAGGAGGCUUUAUCAAUUACCGUUGCUUGGUUAUGCUGAUUGUAAUUUUGAGACAGGUGUUAUCUGUACGUGGUUAUGGCUUAGUUUGAAUUGAGCCGUACAAAAUUGGCAUAAGCAUAACCUGUGUAUUCAACAUUAUCUAAAUAUCUUAUUGUGAUAACUCACUGCAAUAUUUUUGUAAA